AUGAAGUUCCUGACGACUCUGGCCCUUCUGGCGCCAUUGGUGGCUUCGCGCUCUGUCGAUGUAGAAUCGCUUGGCCCCCGUACGGAAAAAGUCAGCUACGAUGGGUAUCACGUCUACAGUAUAAGAGCGGCAGAUAAGAGCGAGGCUGAGUCCAUUGAGAAACGAUUCGCCAGCUACCACACAGAAGUUACGAGCCGAGGAUUUGAAGUCGCCAUUCCUCCCAAUGAAGUCCGCAGCUUCAAUGAACUUGGUCUCAAUGCACGCCUGCUGAGCGACGAUCUUGGGGAGCAGAUUCGACGUGAGGAUAAGGCUCCCGUCUACAAGCGCUGGCUGCACAAGGCUGGCCACCUACCCGACCUGUCCUGGUAUCAAACAUACCACCCAUACGAGGAUCAUCUCCAGUAUUGGGAUGACUUGGCUGCGGCUUUUCCCAAGAACUCUAAGAAAUAUGAGCUUGGGUUGUCGUAUGAAAACCGCACCAUAUACGCUUUUCACCUGUUUGGCGACAAGGGUGAGAAAGGCAAUAAGCCCAUCAUCUUGCGGCAUGCCACCGUCCAUGCCAGAGAGUGGAUUUCUACAGCGGUGCUUGAAUACUGGGCGUGGCAACUGAUCAACGGAUACAAGACCAAGAACAAGGAGAUUACAAAGUUUCUGGACUACUAUGACUUCUGGCUUGUUCCAUUCCACAACCCCGACGGCUUCUCUUACACGCAAACGACUGAUCGAAUGUGGCGCACAGACCUUAACCGCAACUGGAGCUUUGAGUGGGGUGGUGAACCAGGCACUGGAGCUGCGUCCACCAACCCAUGCUCUGAUACUUUCCAAGGGCUGAACCCAGGUGACACUCCGGAGAACAUCGCCGUAUCGAGUCUUUCAAACAAGCUUGGAGCAUCCCGGAAGGGAAUUCGCUCCUACAUUGACCUCCACAGCUACGGCCAGAAGAUCCUGACGCCUCCCGGUUGGACUUGCAAUACCUCUCAGUAUCCCGCCACCCUCCCUCGCAUGCUUGAAGUUGCUGGAGGCUUUGCAAAUGCUGUGCAGGCAUUCGACAGCCGAAACGAGACUUAUCAGUAUGGUACGGGUUGCGAUAUUGAGUACUAUUCCGCCGGCAAUGGUCGCGAUCACCACUAUGGUGCCUACGGUGCAGACCAUUCUUGGACACUCGAAUUAGAUCCAGUGACCAGUGGUCAGGGUGGUUUUGUUUUACCUCCUGAAAACAUCUGGCCCGUUGUUCAGGAGCAAUGGGCUGGAGAGCUGUGGCUGCUCAACAAUGUGUGGAAAAAUUAA